AAAAACACAUACACACGAUAUACGAUUUUAUCAUAAAAAAGUGUCAAAAAACAAUAUUUUCACUAAACGUCAACGUCAUGUUUCCGGCAAGAUCUUUCGUUUUACAUUAUGUUAUCUGUGGUUUUGUUCUCUGUGAUGGAUACCUUAUUGGCGCAAACGCACGCGAUGUGUUGAUUGGUUGUUAGCUAGUGAAAUGAAAAGAUGGCGAAUGGCGCAAACGCACGCGAUGUGUUGAUUGGUUGUUAGCUAGUGAAAUGAAAAGAUGACGAAUAAGGAUUCAACCGCAUAAAGAUAACCUUGUAUUUCCAUUUUGAACCCCUUACAACCCUUUUUACGCAUUAAAAAGUAGCCUAUGUCCUUCCUCUGUGUCUAGACUAUCUGCGUACUAAAUUUCAUUUAAAUCGGUUCAGUAGUUUUGGCGUGAAAGCGAGACAGACAGACAGACAGACAGACAGAGUUACUUUCGCAUUUAUAAUAUUAGUAAGGAUGGUCUAAGAGCAAUACUUUUUAACGCAAAUACUGAAGUUCCAACAAGAUGGCAGAACCGCAACCUCCGCCAUUAUCAGCCGUUGAAAUACAACAGCAAUAUUAUGAAGCUGUGGGUGAUGCCGAUUGGGAAUUGUAUGAGAAAAAGCAAAGAAAAUACCUCCUGCAGAAAGUUGCUAUAGCUUUAUGUGGACCUCCAACAAAAUCGGGCGAUUUAGCAAAGGACACCGAUAAUCUAGAACUGCAAGGAUACGAAUUGAGAGACGAAGAAGCAAUAAUGACUGUUUUUAAAAAGAUUUGUGAACAAUCAAAAUAUUCGCAUAACGGUGACGACAUUAUAAUAUCUACACUGCGAGUAGUCUGCCUUAUACCAUGUGAAGAGAUCCCAUUUUAUAAAAUUACACCAGAUGGUUAUUGGGUUAAUUUACAUACGAAAAAAGAAGGUGUAAAUAAAUUAAUUUUUCACGUAUUUUCCCUGAGAAAAUGCGUUUCUACGAAAACAAAUCAGAAAAGCUGUAGAAUAUUCAUAGAUCAUGAUGCUAGGGUAUAUCAAGAUUGGAACGAUUACUUGACUACUAAUAAUCUACCAAAAUGUGUCAUGGUUGUCCCUGCAUCCGGCGAAUACAGAGGAUAUUGUAAACCGGGUGCUACACCUGAUAGUAUGCCAGACGUGAAAUUAAGCGUUAAGCCUUCACCAGCAUUGGGAAUAGGUGCUCGAGUUCUAGCUGUUUCAGAUGGUGUUAGUACAGUAGCAAGUAUCGGAGGUAUAGUGGCUAUAGCUGGAGCCAUCAUUGUACCGGCUGCAGCACCCGUUGCUCUUGGAACAGCACUAGGUAUAGGCUUAGUGACCGGUGUUUACGGCAUAGCGAGAUCUACUAUACGUUUAGUUGAUCGACGUAAACAUGAUCAGAGCAUCAAUCUGUCAGAUUCAGAGGCACGAGGUUGUUGGAUUAAUAUAAUGGUGUCCACUGCUGGAAUAUCUUUCAGUGCUGCAGGUAAAAUUUUAUCGUGGGCUGCUGCUUCAGGUACUAAUGUGAAGAUUCUCAUGAAUGCAGUAACUGUAUUGAAAUAUGCGAACUUUGGAACUAGUGCCCUCGGAGUAGCCAACUCUUUAGGUGAAAUGAUAUACAAGUAUAAUAAAUAUCAUGAAUCACCAUCGGGACUGGAAAUAUUCCAAUUUACUACAUCGGUAUUAUUUUUGGGAAUUGGAGUGAUGUCGAAUCAAACAGCUCAAGAAAUUGUACAGGAUGCACAAGCAAAAUCAAUAAAUGAAGUCAGAGAUUCACUUUCCAGUAAUGUUAAAAGAAAAAUGUUCGACAAGGUCACAGCUGAAACUCGCCGAGUAAAAGGCUCUAUCCAGGGUAAUUCCGAUGUUAUAAAAGCACUAAAAAAUAUUGAAAAUAAGGAUGACUUUUUUGCAAAAAUAUCGAGAAUUAAUAAAGAUCUAAAUAAAAAUAAAUUAAGGAUAUCAUUAGCUCCAGAUGGCAAUCCAUUAAUAAAUAACCAACAUAAAAUUAAUCUGUCAGAUAUGUAUGGGUUAGGUAAAGCUGGACGGAAUCAGGUAUUUUCAGAAUAUGGCCCAGCAAACGUGACUACAAAAAAUGUUCCUACAAGAAUAUAUCCUUCAAAUGUUUCGGCUAAUGGGGUUACAAAAGGUCGAGAAGAGAAUAGUAAUAAUCUAUAUAACAUACGUCCAGAAGAAAUUAUAAGAAUAAGUAACUUUAUAAUCAGCCUUAAUAGCCUUGAUCAAGAAUUCGUGGCUGAAAUUAUAUCACAACUGACGGCAACAGUACACGAUGCAUUUCUACUUGUAUGUGCGGAAUUAGUAGCUUCAUUGCUACCAGAUGAAAUUUUCUUAUUGAAAUCCAAAACAAAUAGUAUUCAUGAUUAUAAGGUCCAAAUGGUUCUAGAAGUUUUCAAUUAUUUAAAGUCCUUAAUUCCUAAAUGUGAUUACAAAAAUGAUAACAUUUUUGUUAUUUCAUUGAAAGAGUUUGUGCUGGAUGGUCGUGUGAAGAAAGACACAAUAUUGUCUUUAAAGAAGAAAAUAUUCUUGUUCAUGGUUUCCGAAAAGAAUAAUGACUCGAAAAAUUAUGAUGAUAUUCACAAAUUUCGUCAAACAUUUUCUGCUCGAUUCAUGCAUCUUCGCGUUGGUGAGCUAAUAAAUAUAAGUCAGCACAAAAUUCUUAUCAAAAAUGUUACGAUUGAAAAGCUUCGGGAAUGGCUUGAAAGUUUCUCUCAAGAGAAAUGUGAUGUAUUUAUAAAAAUUUGUUUUAGAAUUAUUUCAAUUUUGACCCCGGCUGAAAUAAACUAUAUAAAUUUAAUAAAUCCCGAUGAAGAUAUCAUUAUUAGAGUAUCAUAUUUUCUAUUAAAUGAGACAGAAAUUGAAAUAUAUUUUGAAGAAAUGGCUCAAGAUCAAGGAAAUAUCUGUACUAGUAAAGCCAAAGACAUUAAACAUUCGAUGAUAAUGUGGCGUUGUAAGCAAAAGUUACGAGAACAUAUAGUAUGUAAAAACUGUGAGGGAAUAUGUUUUUUUAAAAGUUAGAG